AUGACACAAACACCAUUAUUAUUCCACAUUAGAGAUUAUAGAGGUGCAACAAUCGAAGAUUUAAAUAUCCCACCGGCAAUAUCUGUUACACCAUCAACUUCAUUAUUUGAAGCAAUUGAAAUUGCUUAUGAGAAUGAAUUUACUUAUUUACCUGUUAUACAUGAAGUCAAUAAAAGAUUAUUAGGAGUAUUAAAUGUCGAUACUUUAACUAUUGAUAGAAUAAAAAGAAGUUUCUUAAAACCAAUUGUUAAGAAUUAUAUGCUUUGGUUUAAUCAAAAUGCAAGAGAAAAGUAUCAACAAGAACAUCAGGAGGGUAAGCAAGAACCAGGAGCUGCUAAACGGUCUAUCAAGACAACUAUUUUAAAACCAAAGACUCCCAAGGGUAAAAGAUAUCAAAUAUUGACACCAUUAACUCCUUUGGAAGAAUUAGCUGAAUUCUUUAAUACUGGUACUUAUUUUGCUAUAAUAACUAAUGGACAAGGCAAUUUUGUAUAUGGAGUUGCAACUCCUCAAGAUUUAAUGAAAUAUGAAAACGCCCGUCCUAAGUUGUAG